AUGGAUGACCAUUUCAACCUCAUCGACUCGCCCUCGACGGGGCAGAGAAGCAAUAAUGCCGAUAACCACAGGUAUGCAGAGACGGGAAGAAGUAUCAUGACAGUUGUUGCCUGUGACAUAUUGGAAGAGACUGCCGCGCUUCCGAGUCACCUGUCUUUGGAUAGAUAUGAGCCUAACCAUGAGUGCUGUGAGAGAGUGGUUAUUAAUAUUUCGGGCUUACGCUUCGAAACGCAACUGAAAACUUUCAACCAAUUUCCUGACACCUUGCUUGGGGACCCGAAAAAGAGAAUGCGUUACUUUGACCCCCUCAGAAACGAAUAUUUCUUUGACAGGAACCGACCGAGCUUCGAUGCCAUCCUUUAUUACUAUCAAUCCGGAGGGCGCAUUCGGAGACCGGUCAACGUCCCUAUUGAUAUUUUUUCCGAGGAGAUAAGAUUUUAUCAGCUUGGUGAGGAGGCAAUGGAGAAAUUUCGUGAAGAUGAGGGCUUUAUCAAGGAGGAAGAGCGCCCAUUACCAAAUCACGAAUUUCAGCGACAGGUUUGGCUUUUGUUUGAGUACCCAGAGAGUUCAGGUCCGGCAAGGGGUAUUGCCAUUGUAUCUGUGUUGGUCAUCUUAAUAUCCAUUGUUAUAUUCUGUCUGGAGACUUUGCCAGAAUUUCGAGACGAUAAGGAUGCAAACAAAGAGGUGCCUAUUGUCAAUGGAACUGGCCUCUACGUUUCCAGUACUUUUACCGAUCCUUUUUUUGUAAUCGAAACACUUUGCAUUAUUUGGUUCUCUUUUGAAUUACUCGUUCGCUUCUUUGCUUGUCCCAGCAAAGCCACCUUUUCCAAAAACAUCAUGAACAUCAUUGACAUUGUGGCUAUCAUUCCCUAUUUCAUCACUCUUGGAACAGAGCUGGCAGAGAGACAAGGGAACGGACAGCAAGCCAUGUCACUCGCCAUCCUCCGAGUAAUCAGGCUCGUACGAGUCUUUCGCAUCUUCAAGCUCUCCCGCCACUCGAAGGGCCUUCAGAUUUUAGGACAGACUCUGAAAGCCAGCAUGAGGGAGCUGGGACUACUUAUUUUCUUUCUUUUUAUUGGAGUUAUUUUGUUCUCUAGUGCCGUGUACUUUGCAGAGGCCGACGACCCAGACUCGAGUUUCAGUAGCAUCCCAGAUGCUUUUUGGUGGGCCGUGGUUACCAUGACUACAGUUGGCUAUGGUGAUAUGCACCCUGUCACCAUUGGGGGCAAAAUUGUUGGCUCUUUGUGUGCCAUCGCUGGUGUUCUGACGAUUGCACUGCCCGUUCCGGUGAUUGUCUCAAAUUUCAACUACUUCUACCACCGAGAAACGGACGGAGAGGAGCACGCACAGUACCUGCACGACAGCAGCUGCCAGCAUCUAUCCUCCGCGGAGGAGCUGAAAAGGACACGCAGCACGUCAUCGCUCAGUAAAUCUGAAUACAUGGUGGUAGAGGAAGGAAUCAAUAAUGCAUUCAAACAGUCAAACUACACCGACCAGAACUCAGAACUCAGACCAAAUCAGAACUGCGUGAAUAUCAAAAAGAUUUUCACGGACGUGUAA